AUGUCAGUGAUUCCCAUAUUUGGGUGCACCAUAAUUUUCAACACUAUUUUAGCACAACUUCAAACAUUCUCUGUUCAACAAGGAAGCACCAUGAACACGCAGCUCAGUCUCAGUUGGCUCACAAACAAGUUCCAAAUCCAAAUCCAAAUCCCACCAGCAUCUCUUCAAUCCAUCCCUUACAUCAUGCUCAUAUUUGUAGUCCCUCUUUAUGAGACCGCUUUCGUACCCAUAGCAAGAAAAAUCACUCGAAGGGACUCUGGAAUUUCACCUCUUCAAAGGGUUGGAGUAGGUCUCUUCAUUGCAACAUUUUCAAUGGUUUCAGCUGCAAUUAUAGAGAACAAGAGAAGGAAGUCUGCUUUGAAUUAUUCAUCGAACAACAAAACAAAUCUCAUCUCCAUCUUUUGGAUUGCGCCGCAGUUUCUUAUCUUUGGCCUAUCAGAGAUGUUCACUGCAGUUGGCCUAAUUGAGUUCUUCUAUAAGCAGUCAUUGGAAGGAGGAAUGCAAUCCUUUUUGACAGCCAUGACUUACUGCUCCUACUCUUUUGGCUUCUAUUUGAGCUCCCUCUUAGUUUCACUUGUCAACAAAAUCACCUCUUCAAGCACCUCUUCUGGCCAUGGUGGAUGGCUCAGUCACAAUGACCUCAAUCAAGAUAGGCUAGACCUUUUCUACUGGUUGCUAGCUCUUAUUCAAAUUGGGCACCCUAUAAAUAAAUUUAAUUCGUAA